CUUCGACAAUACAUCUAGCACAAGAAUCUUGAAAAGUACUUACACUAGCGGGGGUGGGUGCGAAAGGAGAGAGUUGUGGUUUUAAAUUACAUCUAAAGAGGUUGUUCCUUAGAUUUUAGCUGGGGAGUUCUGCUCAUCUGCUGCAGCAAAACCAAAGAGGAGUCAUCGUGUGUCCCCUUGAAGACCAGCAGGUUUAUUGUGGCACAAGCGAUCACUGGCUAGAGCCCACAGUGAUGUCUCAGGGCAGCAGAUAUAUGUCGCUGGCUUGCAAGUCACCAUUCUUGAAUAGUGAAACUUUAAAGGGGAGUCGAACAGGAAAUGAAUUAAAUUAUAAUUGAUCAAUAGUGUUAAUAAUUCUUAAUAAUAUUUACCAGGGCCUAAACUGAGAUUGGUGGUGGUGGAGAGUGCUGUCAAGUCAUAGCUGAUUUAUGGCGACCCCCUGCUGGGGUUUUCCAAGCAAGAGACUAAAUAGAUGUGCUUUACUAUCACCUGCCUCUGCAUAGCAAUCCUUAUCUUCCUUUGUUGUCUCCUAUGCAAUUACUAACCAAGGCCGACCCUGCUUAGCUUCUGAAAUCUGAUGAGAUAGGACUUGCCUGGUCUAUCUAGGUCAGGGCAAACAGAGAUUACUCUUUUCUUAACCAUGAGAGGUGUAAAUUUGCUUACCAUAACUAGGUAGACUGUGUUACAUCCCUGAUUACAGCUAUUGCUAAUGGUCACUGUGCUUAUCUGGUAGUUUUACACAGAAAUGCCACAGACCAGACCUCUUUAUUCAGAUUCUUUUUGCCACACUCUUUGCAAUUUCUUCUUCUCUGCCUUUGCAUAUCUGCCCCCUGAAAAGUCACUUCAUGCAUCUGACAAAGUGGGUUCCAACCUGUGAAUGCUUCUGCCACAAUCGACCCAUUUGCUUGUAAGGUGCUGCAAGACAUUUCUCCCCCUUUUUUCAUCUGGACUUCACCCUGAGACUAGAGGCAGCUCUGUGAGGAGGAAGAGAGGCCUUCCCUGUAGGUAUCUGAGACAGAUGACUGGUUGAAAGAUGGAAGAGAAGAAGAAGAAGAGGAGCCCCAAGGCCCAACUCGCUCAUCCAGCGCCCUCCAGCGCUUUGCGCAAGCUGCUUGUCCCUGCCAGCAAGAGCACCUCGUUCUCCUUAGGGAUGCCUCACCUCCCGUCACCGAAGCAAAGAGCCAAGUUCAAGAGAGCAAACAAGGAGAAGCCCCGAGCCCCGCAGCCUGCAAGCACCACGGGCACUGCGGUGGGUACCCCUCUGCAGCACUCUUUCCUGACAGACGUCUCGGAUGUAUAUGAAAUGGAAGGAGGGCUCUUGAACUUGCUGAAUGACUUCCAUUCAGGGAAGCUGCAGGCAUUCGGAAAGGAAUGUUCUUUUGAGCAACUGGAGCAUGUUCGGGAGAUGCAGGAGAAGUUGGCCCGUCUGCACUUCAGCUUGGACGUCUGUGUGGAGGAGCUCUUUGAGGACCAGAAGAAAACUGUGGCUGACAGGAAUCUGGAUCAGCUGCUGACCAAUCUGGAAGAGCUCAGCAACUCCAUCCAAAAGCUGCACUUGGCAGAAAACCCUGACCUGGAAGAUGCUGCCACAGUCUAGAGGAAGCAACACAGAUGGUUGCCGAGGCUUCUCUUGAACAGAGUGAGAAGGCUUGGCAAAGGAACAGAAGACCUGAGAGAGGAAGAUGCUUGCAAUGGAGGCUGCCUCUGAAUUUGUUCAGGGAAAAAAGGCUAAAAUCAGUUAGACAUAUCUAGGGGGAUGCAGGGAUUGGGGCCUGGGUUCAAACUGCCUGCAGAAAAAUCAAGUGUAGAAAUUGCCAAUGCCUGGAGAUUAAACAGUGUGCAUGCCAGGGGAGGAAAGCCCAAGGGGAAUGUGGUCUCCUGCACCCCAGGAUUGUGCCCUGGGACUCCUUCUGACAUUACAAGAGAUCUGAGGGGGGGUGGGUUGUUGGUCCAUGCAGUACUUCUGCUUCUAGUGGGCCAGCCCCCAUCUCCUGUGGAGUUUGGCAUGAGUUUCAGCUCAGUUAAAAGCCAUAAGCAAGAGCCACCACCUUGCCCAAUGCUCAGUGAACUCUCCACAAAUUAAAGCAUACAACAUUAACAAAAACUAUUGUUUGUUAUAUCCUCUGUUGUUUGGCUAUGACUUCCCCACCCAACUCCCCUUUAAUUAUGGUGAGGACUGCAGCUGCAGUCCUGAGUACAGAAUCUUGACUCUUUUUGUACCACCUCGUUUUCACUUUAAUAGGGAAAAAUGACAGCAAAGGGUUUUCUGGAAGUAGGAAAUUCAGCGAUAAGGCAGGACAGAAUUUAAAUGGGUGGCACGGUGCACCCUUCGUGUGGAUAGCAACCUCCGAGCUCUCCAGGUGCUUCUAUGUUAACACUAUCAAUCUAUUUGAAAAGUGACAUAUGUGAAUUGCUUUGUGACAAUCAACAGACUGGGUGAUUUGGUGAGGGCUUGCAUGGAAUCCUCUGACGAUAAGUUGGGCAGGAAGGUAACCUGGGGCAAAGCAUAGCUUUGGGGACCCUCUCCCAGCAUCCCCCAUGUUGUCAAUAGAUAAUCGAGAGUGUUUAAGUACAUGCAAUAUCAAAUUAGUAUAUAGUUGAAUAUGUAUUAUUAUUAAUUAUUGAACCCAUGAGUAACUGAAUGUUGAUUCACAAGAUGGGCAAAUAGGCUUCCAGUUUGCCCUGAAGGUCAAGCAGUCACAGCCUUGGUUGUCCACUAUCCUUGGGCAAUAUAAACCAAUAGAUUGGGGGUCCUCAGCUUAAAUUGUGGGGGCUUGGGGCAUUUAUCCUCUUUUGGACCCUUGUAAUUCAAUUGUCUCCUACACUUUCUUACAACUGUUGAGAACGAUCCCUCCUUAUUAAAAGCUGUUGGCAUUGACUGUUUCAAUAAAAAGAUUUGCUGUUGA